GUUGUCUGAGAGAUUUUCUCUGAUGUACACCGUUAGUAAUCUGAAUUACAACUGCUCUGGAAAUCCAUGCAGAAGCAGCUCAUGUCUCACUGAGCCAAAGCAUUAUGAACUAAUGGAUAUGAAAACUGUCAAUUUAUACCUUUAGAUCUACAUAUAUAUACUUGCAUCUGUACCCUCUUGCAGAACAUUGUAGUAAAUACAAAGAAGAUUUACAAAGACAUUUAAGUUAGAAACAAACCCGCAGCAACCAAACAACACCCAUAACAAAACCAAUCUAUUUGUCAGCUUUCAGAAGCUUUAAGUGGGAGUCGUUGUAUUUCCAUCGCAGAUUCCUUAAUUGCUCUUUUUUUUUUUUUUAGUUAAUUAAUUUUCUGCUGAUGUCGUGGUUCGUUUCGAUCUAAUUCUUCUUCUUUUGCCAGUCUCUUCCAUCUCUGCUCUGCAUUUUGUUUUGUUCCUUGAUUUUUACGUCAUUGCUCCAAUGUCUGUUGACAGUGAGCUCCAAGAAAUGGAAGGAAAACUCUUACAGCUCUUAGAAUCGGGUUCUGAUGAUGAACAGAUUUUGAAUGUGCUCGAACAAUUCAAUACUCAAAAUGCCAUGACAGUGAACUUUCCUUCUACAAAAGAUUCUCAGACCCAGGAAAUUAUUGCAGCUCUUUGUCAAAAACUUGGAGAAAAACGAUCGGCUCGCUGCAACUCUGAGUGUCUAAAAACCAUUCGCAUCUUUAGCCGUGAUACGGUCUUGGCAGAUGUUUUGGCUCUUGACUCUACAUUGACUCUGUUGAUGACUCAUGCCUGGUUUCACCAAACCGCUGAGGAGAGUGACAAAAUAACCACUUUGAAGGAUGAGGACACGGAAGUUAUAAUUGAAGCCCAGAAGUGUCUUUGUAACAUCAUAUAUAACAGUAAAAAAGCUCAACAUAUUUGUAGCGUGAAUGGUUGCAUUGAAGGAGUGAUACAGCGAAUGAAAACUUACAAAGAUGCCAAUUUGAAGCAUGACAUUAAAUAUUUCGAUAUGAGGCUGCUGUUCUUGUUGAGCGCAUUAGUCCCCGAGACCAGACAGAGAAUCCACUUUGAACUUCAUGGUUUUAGUUACCUGAUGGAAAUCAUUGACCUUCUGCUUCACGAUGCUGAGGAACGCAAGACUGGUCUCACAGACCAAGAAGUUGAUCUUUGCUGUGAAGUACUGAAGAUUCUUUUCAAUCUUACCAUGUCUCUCAAGAUGAAAUCAUUAGAUGAGGAAGAAGACGGACACCUGAUGCGUCUGAUUAGUGUGUUGAGAGAGUUAUUGUUAUGUAAAACAGAAUCAAAUGACCGCAAAGAAGAACUGGUCAGCCACACUGUGAACUUGUUAACCAACGUACCUGCCACCAGUUACGAGCAACUCCUCACACCAUUGACCGAUAGCGGUGCUGACUCUGUAACUAAAGACAAUGAGACUGAAGGUAAAAAUAUGGAAAGUAUUGUAGUUCUGCUUAAUUUCCUGCAUCAGCGAUUAAGGAAAGUUUCACGGGAACAAGACAAAGACAUCCAGAAUAUUGUAGAGCCUGCUCCUCACAACACAGAAACCAAACUCCAUUCUAAGCCCCCAUGCAGUAUGUCUGACAACUUGACCCCUAUACUACACUGUUUGUGUGAAGCCAGUCGUAAUAACAGAUCAAUCAGAAAAUUCUGUCGUCUUAAGGUUUUACCACCAAUGCGUGAUGAAGUCCGAAAUCUUCCUGAAGAAGGAGACACAUUAAGAAACAGAUUGUGUCAGCUCUUGACCUCUCUAAGUUCCAGUAUAAAACAUUUGGUGCCUGAUUUUCUGUUCACAUUGUGUAAAGAAAAUGUUGAUCGCAUGAUAAAGUAUACAGGUUAUGGGAACUGUGCUGGACUUCUUGCUGAGCGUGGCCUACUGAUGGGUGGACGUGGGAAAAUGGCCAGUUAUUCAAGUGAAUCUGAAGAUUCUGAAACUGAAGAAUAUUCAGAGUUAAGACCAAUGGUCAAUCCAGUAACUGGUCGUUGGGAGGAAGAGCGACCAAAAGCCAUAGACAACAUGAGUGAAGAACAGAAAGAGUACGAAGCUAUGAAAGCAGUUGACUUAAUUCACAAGUUGCACGAGAAAGGUGUGAUCCAGCCAGGUUGCUUGGGAUCGGAUGGAAGACCAACCCCCAUAUCGCAUAUCCUGCAACUGACUGAGAAUAUUAAGAUUGCUCCGGAAGCUUCCUCUGAUUCUGAUUGAACACAUUCGAUUCUUCUUUACUUUGAAAGGAGACGAAAAAAAGACGAAAAUUACAGCAACAACAAUACCGACAAAAAUAAUAAUAAUAAUAAUGAUGAU